AUGUCCGUCGAGGAGACCAAGCCUGUUGUUGAGGUUGCCGAGGCCAAGCCCGUCGUUGAGGAGGCCAAGAUGGAGCUCCCCGUCGUCGAGGGCAAGACCCCCGAGGAGGUCCAGGAGGCCCUUGAGAAGUCGGCCGCCCAGGUGGCCUUCUACUUCUCCGACUCGAACCUUCCCCAGGACAAGUUCUUCUUCUCCCUCACCCAGUGCAACCCUGAGGGAUGGGUCCCCAUCAAGACCAUCCUCACCUUCAAGCGCAUGCGCGACUACUCCCCCAUCGGUGUCGCUGGUGUCGCCCAGGGUCUCCGCCAGGUUAUUGCCUCGGAGGGCGACGACCCCCUCCUCGCCGUUUCCGAGGACGGUGCCAACGUCCGCCGCAAGCGCCCCCUUGAGCCCAACUCGACCAUUUGGAACCGUUCCGUCUACGUGAAGGGCUUCGGCGAGGGAGACAACGACGCCAACUCGCAGGAGAAGAUUGAGGAGUACUUCAAGCAGUUCGGAAAGGUCAACGCUGUCAGGAAGCGUCGCGGUGACGUCGAGGGCAAGGGCGACAAGGGCAAGGGCAAGGGCGCCUUCAAGGGAUCUGUCUUCGCCGAGUUCGCGUACCAGACCGACGCCGACAAGUUCCUCGAGCUUGAGUCGAUCCCCAAGUUCGGCGAGGAGGACAUGCAGAAGAUGUCGAAGGAUGCCUACGUCAAAAUGAAGGCUAAGGAGAAGGGCAUUCCCGAGAAUGAGAUCUCGCGCGGAAAGCAGGACAGGAACAAACCCACCAAGUUCAACGCUUUCCGCGAGAUGGAGCGCCAGAAGAAGGGUCUCAACCCCUCGCUCGCCAAGAUCCCCAACGGUGUUGAGAUCGUCGGCGAGGCUCCCUCGUUCGAGGGCAAGAAGCGCCAGCGUGAGGACGACGAGGAGGGUGGCAAGGGCAAGCAGCAGAAGAAGAACGAGCCCGUCACCAUCGAGUACCUCGGCACCACCCUCGACGUCGACACCGAGAACGGCACGCUCGCCGACCCCUCGCAGCUCAAGUUCACUGACGGCGCGUGCAUCAAGUUCUCCGCCCCCGGCGAGGGCUCUGACUGGACCAAGCUGAAGGAGGCUGUCAUUGCCUCUGCCGUCAUCGAGGCUCCCUUCAUCAACUUCCCCCCCAACUCGACCUCUGGUGUCAUUGCCAAGUCGGACAACGGCGCGAUCACGGACGACGAGCUCUCCAAGCUCAACGCCGCCUCGAUCACUUACGGCGACAAGCCGGUCACCUUUGAGCGCCCGACCGAGGAGGAGCAGCGCGCGUUCUGGACGAAGCGUGCCAACUUCCAGGCCUCGCGCGCCGCCAAGGCUGCGCAGGACAAGGCCCGCGCGGACAAGUUCCGCGGCCACGGUGGACGCGGCGGACGUGGUGGCCGCGGCGGCAAGUUUGGCGGCAGGGGCCGCGGACGUGGCGGCAAGUUCAACCGGGAUAACAGGAAGGACAACAGGGCCGACUCGGGCCUCCCCCCAGCCGUCGGCGCGGCUAACUAG